UUGACGGAGGCUGAAGUUUUUUAUCUUUGAUUGGAUCUAGCGGAAGCUUGUGUAACGGUUCGGAGUAUCUUCUUAUUACGGAAGUUUGGUGGUGGUUGUGGUGUUACUAUAGUUGCAAUGACAACUGAAUCGGGAAAGAAGAAGAGAACUCCUCAGAUUCUCAAGACAAAUACGGCACUAAAACUUGCUGAGAAGUGGGUUGCCAAUAUGACUACACCUGCAGAAGAUGAUCCUGUUGAGCCUGAACAAGAAAUUCGACCACACAGGCUUGGACUUGGUGCUAAAGUGUCAAGGCAAAUGAAGCGUAGACCUUCAGACGACCCUCUUGAUCAAAAACUACAAGCCAAGUUUGAUGCAGGGAGAAGAAAACAUGCAAGAGCUGAGGCAGAAUCUGCUGGUGCUAGUAAGAAGGCUGGUGAUGACAGUGAGGAUGAUGAUGACGAAUCAGAAAGCAAAAGCCAAGCAUUUGGAAAGAAAAACAAAAACACAAGUACGCCUCGUUAGUACUAUAACUAGAAUCAUGAACUUGUUUGUAUUUGGUUCAUUGUUGGAACAUGAUUGUUAGAAUAAGCAUAACCUUUAUCUUAUUUAAAGUUCAAUCCUCGUGUUAUUAUUACGACUCUAUAGUUCAUACUCAUACAAAACUCUCUUGGCUGAGUAAACUACAUAAGCCACUGGAAAGCUGAAACAGAGUAAAGAAAGUGAACUGAAAAAAAAUACAAAAGUCUUUGUCAAUGUUAAAAAAAAAGCUGUGGUUGUUGUCAUUGCACAAGAAGGUCAACUAGAGAUCUUUGACUGUGGUAGUGGAAAUGAAACUGUACAGGAAAGACUAACUAGACAAAGAGACUCAUCAUAGGUUAUUGUUCUGGUCCUCCAUUGGUUCAGCUUGAACCAUGUCUCUGCAGCUUCUGAUGAUCUCUUCUAAUAAAUCAUCAAGGAUCAUUUCACUUGUGCCGGAACCAAUCCAACCAAUAUCAAACCUUAGAUCCAUCCAGCUUCCUGUUUUAGCCAUGUCUUUCUUAACCAUCUGGUCCAAAGUGUGAGGGGAAGGCAAAGGUAGUAGAUGCCAAUAUACCCCUUCUUGUGCCACUUUAGCUGCGAUCUCCAUGUCUGAGAUUAGCUGGAGUUCAGGUUUCACGAACGAAAUCCAAGGCCCUGGAUUCAGUUGAUUCCCACAGAAGUCAAUGAGGACUUCAUUGAUACAGUCUUGAAGGAGAUUCUUAUCGUCGCAGAGUUGUGUAGAACAGAAAACAAUGUUAUCUGCUAACUCUGGCUCAAGAAGCUGUUCUGAGUAAAAGGGCCUUAUCAAAAGCUCUUCCCAGCUCAAGCCUGAGGAUUUCACAACUGCUUCAAUGUAUGCAAGUAUCAUCUCCUUGUCAUCCAUGCUUGUUUUGAGAUUAUUGGAUUCGUCUGGUUGUGGAGAAUCAGCUUCAUCGAAUCUUAUACACAGUGGUUUUAUUCUCAUUUCAGCUGAAUCGAACCUUGUGCUUGUUGUUGGGCUAAUCUCAUCAUCUGUAAGCAGAGGUUCGAGUACAGACACGGGACUUAACUUUUCCUGCACAUCAGUGGCAGGUUCUUUGGAUUCAAUCAUCAUAACUGAAGAACUUGGUGGAGAUUCUGGAGGAGAAGAGUGCACUUGGUUGAACAUUUCCUGGAGCACAAAAAAAAACUAUGAAAUCUCAUUCAAGAAAACAGAGAAUGUGUUCAAGAAGACAGAAGCUGUCUAACCUUAUUCAAUGGUUCCUUAUCU